UCUCUCCUCGCGAUUUUCUCUCCUUCCCUCCUCAGUCGGGGCUCGGUGGUGAGGAAGGGGGAGGGUGGUCUUGCAGUCGACGAGAGGAACAGGAGUUUAUUGAGGAGUAGCUGCAACGGGAGGAGGAAAAAAAGCCCUCAAUGCACCUGAACCUUGCGGAUGGUGAAAGAGAGAGAGAGCGAGAGAGAGAGGGAGAAGGUCGGGCUCGGACGAAUGACCGCUCUCCACUGAGAAACUGCCGCCUGAAUUGUUUAACUUGUUGAUGCAACGUUAUUGCUCCUGUUUUUUCCUCUAUCGUCUGGCUGCAGUGAUAAAUAGAUGGGUGGCGAAAUUGCAAGUGUUCUCCAGCGAGGAUUGGCAGAUCACUGAACUCACCGUGGAUGCAGUUUAAAGAGAAACCUUCUCUUAAGAUGCAAUUCGUCUCCGAGCCGUAGCACUGUGAUAACCGGAGCAGGGUCGUACUAAACACUACAGGUCAGCAUGGCAGCAGGUGUAGCGGCAUGGCUUCCCUUCGCCCGGGCAGCGGCCAUAGGGUGGAUGCCCGUGGCGACCACCCCGAUGCCCAUUCCCCCGCAAGACAAGCGGAAGGCGCAGGACGGGCUCAUCGUCCUCAACGUGAGUGGGACCAAGUUUCAGACGUGGCGGACCACUUUGGAGCGGUACCCGGACACUUUGCUGGGGAGCACGGAGAGGGACUUCUUCUUCCACGAGGAGACGAACGAGUACUUUUUCGAUCGUGACCCCGACAUCUUCAGGCACAUCCUCAAUUUUUACCGCACGGGGAAACUACACUACCCGCGCCAAGAAUGCAUAUCCGCCUACGACGAGGAGCUGGCGUUUUUCGGCAUCAUCCCCGAGAUCAUCGGGGACUGCUGCUACGAGGAGUACAAAGACCGGAGGCGCGAGAAUGCGGAGAGGCUUCAGGACGACGAGGAGAUGGACAUGAACAACGACGUGGCGCCGGUGAACCUGACGUUCCGGGAGUACCUGUGGCGGGCUUUUGAGAACCCCCACACCAGCACCUUAGCCCUGGUCUUCUACUAUGUCACCGGAUUCUUCAUUGCCAUAUCGGUGAUGGCCAACGUGGUGGAGACGGUUCCGUGCGGGACUCUGCCCAACAGGUCGAAGGAGGUCUCGUGCGGGGACCGGUACGCGCUGGCCUUCUUUUGUUUAGACACUGCGUGCGUCAUGAUCUUCACCGUCGAGUAUCUCCUGCGCUUGAUCGCGGCGCCCAGCCGGUAUAAGUUCAUGAAAAGUGUGAUGAGCGUCAUCGACGUGGUCGCCAUCAUGCCUUACUACAUCGGCCUGGUCAUGACCGACAACGACCAGGUGAGCGGGGCGUUCGUCACGCUGAGGGUCUUCCGGGUCUUUCGGAUUUUCAAGUUCUCCCGGCACUCGGCCGGACUGCGCAUCCUGGGCUACACGCUGAAGAGCUGCGCCUCCGAGCUGGGCUUCCUCCUCUUCUCCCUCACCAUGGCCAUCAUCAUCUUCGCCACGGUCAUGUUUUAUGCAGAGAAAGGCUCCACGGCCAGCAAGUUCACCAGUAUCCCUGCUGCGUUUUGGUACACCAUUGUCACCAUGACAACACUGGGGUACGGUGACAUGGUGCCAAAAACAAUCGUGGGGAAGGUGUUUGGGUCCAUAUGCUCUCUGAGUGGGGUGCUGGUCAUCGCCUUGCCGGUCCCUGUCAUCGUGUCAAACUUCAGCCGCAUCUACCACCAAAGCCAGCGGGCAGAGAAGCGACGAGCCCAGAGGAAAACUCGCCUCGCUAGAAUCCGUGCUGCGAAGAUUCGAGGCACUAAUGCCUAUAUGCGCUACAAACAAAAUGGGCUCCUGAUCGACUCGCUGGAGGAGGCCUCCAAAGAGGCGGGACAGGCCCUCGUGGGGAAGCCCGCCAGUCCUCCGUUUGAGAGCCAACACCAUCAUCUGCUGCACUGCCUGGAGAAGACCACGAACCACGAGUUUGUGGACGAGCAGACGUUCCAGGCCAACUGCAUGGAGAUCUCCGUGAUGAACAAGUCGGGCUCCCGCGCCUCCUCGCUGUCCUCGUCUCCGCACGGCCUCGGCUCGUGCUGCUCUCGGCGCCACAGGAAGAAGAGCAGCUUCAGCCUGCCCAGCACAAACAACCAGGAGCUCAGCACCAUCCAGAUCAGAGAGAGGCCGGUGGCCAACAGCCGCUCCAGCCUGAACGCCAAACUGGACGAGACCGUGCCCUUGAAAUGCGACGAGCCCUACAUCACCCCGUCCAUGGUCAGCCUGUCGGCCCCGGUGGUCACCUCGCCGGACGGGGACGGCUCCGCCACCACAGCAUACUCUCAGAGCAACAUUGUCCGAGUAUCUGCCUUGUAGAUGUCAUGCCUAUCUGAUCAGCUGACUGGUCUCCAGAAGCACCGGGCGCUGAGGAGAGGGACCACCGAGCAUCAACCUGCCAUAACCUAGAGGGACUCUAAAGAUUCGCGGAGGUCGGGGGCUUUUGAAGUUAGUGAUCUCAUCUGAUGUCAAACUCUGCAUGGAAUUUGAAACGAUGUGGGACAGCUGCCUUGGAAGUCAAAGCAAACCAGCAGAUCUUGCUUCAUCAAGCACACCAGAGCAAAGAAGUUGUUGGAAUGCGCGGUUCAUCGUUGUUGCCUAAAAAUACUGAGAAAAAAAACUUUAUUUUUGAAUAUGUAAUGUAGUUGUAUUUGUUGUCUCUGACUCAAAGGAGGGAAGGCAGACAUUUGAGGGUCACAGUCGGUGGCCUCUGAAGACAAAGCACACAUAUUCAUUAAACGAAGGCCAUCUUUGUGAAUAUUGAAUCAGCCCACUCACACAUUAGAGACGCUCACCUCACUCACCGCCUGAAUACAUGGGUUGUUUUGAGACCCCCCCCCCCCACCCUCAAUGACAUGGUUUCUUCAAUCUUGCCCUCACUGUUGUAAAUUCAGAAAAACAUGCAUCCACCGGAAUGGAUUACUGUUGUGAAUAUUCAUUAACUGACUCAUUAACUGGUUGGUGUCAUCGCUUGAUGAGUAAAAUAUAUUACGCAUCCCGACAUGUUUGUGAAAUGUGCAAAGUGAAAGUCAAAAUGACAAAAUCUGUGUUAGCUUACAUAUUUGACAUUCCGAUAUGGAUCUGUGUGGAAGCCGCUGUCAUUAGUUAACAAUUGAUAUUGAGAACUAUACAGGGUAAAUGUUAGUUAGGUCACAAGAUAGAAGCAUACGUGAAUGUUCUCAGCAGCACUUAACUGAUUACUGUCCCUAAUGUGGACGCCGGGAGAAACCGUUACAAAAAGAGUGUUGAGCAUCGAUUCCACUGACUUCCUCAUUAUGCUACUCAACAGCCAGACUUGGUAGUUUUCACUGUGUCAAAGGGCCAUUUUGUACAUUUUUCAUAUUGUAAAUAUCUCAGUUAGGACUUUAUCAACUGCAUUGGAAAGUUGGCUUCUCUUAUUUCUAGAUUUAGUUGACAGUCGUCAGCAUACUAUUUCUGUCUGUUACCUGAUUGAAUUAAGGAUUUGCAUGCUGUCAUUGCAGAAUUAUGUUUUAUUAUUAAAGUAUGUCUCUGCUUCUUUGUUGGAAGUGUGUCAGUGAAAAUGCAACCGAUGGAGGAAAACACACUGAGGCUGGUAUGUUAUGAUGUAAAUUCUGCAACACUUUGCUUUUAAUGAAAUACAAAUCUUGUCAUGGACUACGCAUAUAAAGGGGGUAAAGGAAAAAGGGGGCAAAUAAUCACACAUUGUGCAUUUGGUGCAGUGGAUAGAAUAAAUACUGUAGCUCUACCGAAACAU